CCUAAUAAAUAUGGCGUCUGGGCCACUAGUGCAGACAACGCAACGUUUCACACGAUAUUUUAAACAUGCUUCAUACAUUUUAUUGACAAGAUCACACAGUAAUGCAGCUGCAGUUGGAACCAAUGCAAAAUGGCAGAUUGUGGGAGCAGCAUGCAUAACACGACCUCCAAUUGUCUGCCCUCCAAUGAAACCUAUUGAGCAACAAUAUUCUGAGAUGAUUGCUGCUAUUGAAGAAGAAAAAUCCCUUAAGAGUGAUCAUGAACGCCGACAUGAAAAGGACUUGAUACAAGCAGAAUUUAUGAAAUCUGAUUAUGAUGAUGUAGAUCUUGAAGAAGCAGCUAAACAAACAGCUGUGGAAUUUGAAGAUGCAUGCGAAGAUGAGCUAAAGGCUUUUAAAGCUUGUGUUGCUGAUAAAGGUGCUGAUGAUACUAGUGAUCGCAGCCUUAAUCGUUCUCAGGAGAGAUCAUUGUUACUUGUUGUCAAGCAAAAAUUAGGAAGCAGUUAUGAAUGGAGUCUACCUCAAACACCUUGGUUACCAGGAGAGACUUUAAGACAGGUAUAGAUUUAUUCAUACGAUUUAUUUAU